CUGGGUUCUCCCCCGCUCUGGGGGGGGAGUGGGGGCAGGGGGCUGGGAGCCCAGACACCUGGCUCCUCUCCAGGCCUGGGAGGGCCAUGGCAUCCCCUCCAGGCUCCGUUUCCCACCCCAGGAACUGCCCGCCCCUACCCCAUUGCCCCUCCUAGCUGCCAGAUGCCCCCGGGGAAACACCACUGGGUUUAUGGGGUGAUUUAUGGCCCCCUUGGACGACAGCUGCGAGGCGAAGGCAGCGGGCACCUGCCUGGGCCAAGGGCUUGGCAGGGUGGGGCUGCGGCCUGGGCGCUCUCGGGCAGGGGGGUCUGGGGGCCUGGGCGCCAGGUCUUUCCUUUGCACUUCCUUCUGUCUCCAGCCUCUUCCUUGGCACCUGCCCCCCACCCCAGUUUGAUUGACAGGAGUCUUAUCUCUGCCCAAUCACCACCCUCGCUCCUCCCCACUCCCCCCCCCAAGGUGGGGCUGAUCCCCCUGGGCCUGAUGACCCCCGGGUCCUCCCUGGCUCUGCCCAUCAGUGGGACCCAGCCAGCUGCUGGCAGCACAGCUCUGCCCCCCACUCUGCUCCAGAGACCCUGAGCUCUCCAUGUCCCUCCCUCACUUGAAGCUGGAGGUGCCCCACACCCGCCGAGACCUGCCGUGGCCUUGGGUGGCCUCCCGUACAGGAGAGCCCUGCAUGGGCCACAGCCUCCCCUCAGCCAAGCAGCCCCGGUCACUGGACCCAGAGGGCCCCGAGGCGCGGGCCCGGCUGCAGCAGGAGCUGGAAGCCAUGGCCGAGCAAGUGGGGCAGCUGCGGGAGAACCUGGCCCAGAUCUCCUGGGGCCUGGCCUGGGCGGGGCUGGCGUCGGGGAUCCCCCCCAGGCUGGAGAGGGGGGUCCCCCCGGGGCUGGCCCAGCUGCUCAAGGAGGAGCUGGGGGCCGUGGUGGACGCAGUGCUGAGGGGGGUUGUGCCCCCACCCCGCUGCCGGCCCCCGGGGGACCAGGCUGAGGCCCUGGCACUGGUGGUGAGGAAGCCCCCGGUGGCCCCCCUGCUUCCCCACAGCAGCCUGGACGGGCCCCCCUGCCAGCCUCCCGCCCAGGGCAGCCUCACCCCCGGGCACCUGAAGAAGGCCAAGCUCAUGUUCUUCUACACCCGCUACCCCAGCGCCGCCACCCUCAAGGCCUACUUCCCCGACGUCAGGUUCAGCCGCAGCGUCACCGCGCAGCUCAUCAAGUGGUUCAGCAACUUCCGGGAGUUCUUCUACCUCCAGGCCGAGAGGUUCUCGCGCCAGGCGCUGAGCGGGGGCCGGGCCGGGCCCCAGGGCCCCAGCGUCACCCCCGCCUGCCAGCUAGCCCGCGUCCUCUGCCAGCACUUCAACAAGGCCAGCGACUACCAGGUCCCCACCGGCUUCCUGGAGGUGACGCAGGUGGCCGUGCGGGAGUUCUCCCAGGCCAUUGCCGGGGGCCGCGACGCCGACCCCGCCUGGAAGAAGCCCAUUUACAGAGUCAUCUCCAAGCUGGAGGCCGACAUCCCCGAGGCCUUCCGGGCCCCCCCCGGCCCGCCCCACACCUGACAGGGGCUGGGAGCCCGGAUGCCUGGGUGCUGCCCAGCCCUGGGAGGGGCGUGGGGUCCAGGUGGCUCAGAGCGGGGGGCCGCCCAGACUCCUGGGUUCUUCUUUGGGGGAGCUCGGCCCCCCCAGCCCUUUCCCAAUAAACCCCCUUUUGCAAAGCC